AUGGACUUUGAGAGCAGCUUCCAGAGCAGCACGUCGCUGUACGGCGGCGGUGCAGUGAGCAGCACUCCGAAACUGAAAACAUCAGCUCAGUGGAGAGUGUGGAUAGCGCAUAUUCGGUCAUACGCUCAGGGGUAUGCAGUAUGGGAAUAUUUGGACCCAGCUGUCGAGGCACCACCUGAAUUGGAGAAACCCGAAUAUCCACAUCCGAGUGAGGCACGAGAAGGUGCUGAAUCGAUUCGCGACCUUAGACAGACGGAUAUGGCAGUCUGGGAAUAUGUGAGAGAUCAGUACAAGGAACGGAAGGGCGAAUAUGAGCGAGUUCAGCGAUACUUGCCGCAAAUGACCCGCAUCAUUCACGAUACGUUAGCUCCUGAGCAUUUUCACUACCUUGCGGAUGAAGAUACCCCACUCAAGCAGCUAGUGAAGCUGAAAGAGAUCUUUGCGCCGAGUGAUAUAAGAAGGUUGCUCGACGUUCGAGACGAGUGGCUUCGACUUCGCAUUGCAUCUCCAAAAGGGACGAAUUUAGACACCUGGUUAACGAAGUGGAUAGCUCUGUACGAGGAGUGCAAGAGUUCAGGGGUGAAACAGAUGGAAUCAGACUACGAGUGUGUGUAUGACUUCCUCCUGGCUGUUAAACCCCAUUCACCAGCAUUCUUUGCCAUCUGGUAUGAGAAGACGAUUGGAGAAAGAAAGGCUGUCAAGUUUCAUGAACUUGUCACCAACUUCCGAUCGUACGCAGCGGCAGAGAAGCAAGGAAGAGACACAAACCCAAAGAUAAGCUUUGCAACCCUACAUGGCCAGCAGGAGCAGAAGCAGCAUCAGGCAGCUCAACCGGCAAAGAGCUCGCCGACCCGAGACAGUUUUGAAUGUCCCUGUGAGAGGAAGCCAAGAUUUCACAACAUCAGGACAUGCUGGUAUAUGAGGGAGGAUAUCCGACCAGAUGGAUGGAUUCCAAACCCUGAGAUUGAAGAACGAGUCAAAACCAAGAUGAAGGACUCGAAGGUUCGGGUUGAAAUAGAGAGAAGGCUUCAACAAGCGAGAGAACAGGAAGAAAAGAAGUCAUUCCUGAGCGUUCAGAUGGAAGCGCCAGAGUAUAGCUUCUUUACCUCUCAACUUGGCGGUCCCGUGAGCGCAUGGCCUACAAAAGAGGAUUCGAUGGCCAACACGAAGAAUAACAUUGCCACAACGACGCAAGACAAAGCCACGUAUGCUCUACAGAAGAGCUGGGUCCUUGAUUCAGGCGCGUCGUGCCAUGUUUGUAACGACAGAAGUCGGUUCACGAGCUUCAAACCAAUCACUGAUAGCAUUCGGACCGGAGACUCGCAAACAGACGUGAGCGGCAUCGGGGAAGUACGAAUUCGAGGCAAAAGACCCUGUACAGGAGAGACCGUGGUGAUCAAGCUGAGCAAUGUGCUCUAUUCGCCAAAUUUCCUGACGAACCUAGUGUCCUUGAAGCUUCUGCGAGAUCACAAUGUCAAAUGGGAUGCAGACCAAGACAUUUUAGUCCAUCAUAGCGAGGGGAUAGCGAAGAUCGAGUUUCACCAUGGAAUGUGGGUGAUCGAACAUAACGAGAUGGAGACCGCGCUUGCAACCCACAGACGGCAAAGGGAAGCGCACCAGCCUCGCCAGUCCAAGAAGCCCAAUCGAAGCUCAGAGAAACCGCUAGUCUCUAAAGCAACAGCAGACGUAUGGCACCGAAGAAUGGGCCAUAUGCACACAGAGAGACUUGAGAUACUCGAGAAAAUGGUGGAAGGAAUGGAAAUCGUCGGGCCUAUCAGCAAGCAGUCGGCUGAGCACAAUCCAGAGCUGUGCCAGGUCUGCCAGGUCACGAAAGCCCACCGUCAAAUCUCAAGGAGAGCGACUGGACAGACGUAUGGGCCGUACGGACGAGUUCAUUUCGAUCUGAUUCACAUCAACGAGGGUUACAAUGGCGAUCGAUGGAUAACUCACUUCUACAUCGACGGAAUGAGGUUCCAUGCAGCGUAUACCCACGAGAGCAAGAAUGGCGUCCAGUUUGCAGUAAAGGACUUCCUACCAUACGCACGGCAUGUGUUAGGGAUACCUUUAAAGGCUGUCAAAUUUGACAAUGAGCGGAGCGUUAGCCAUGAUGUGGAGCGAAUCAUCAUGGAGAAUGGUUUUGUUAUCGAGCAUUCAGUUCGAGCCGCACCAGAACAGAAUGGACACGCGGAACGAUCUGGGGGGUGGUCAUACAGAGAGCAAGAUCACUGCUCGAGGAUGCAGGCUUACCAAAGAAUCUGUGGCCUGAAGCUAUCCGAGCAGCAGUCUAUAUCCUCAACAGAUCGCCCACGCAUGUGGCUGGACGAUGGAUCAUCCCAUGGCAAGAAGUGA